GGAGGAGGAGGAGGAGGAAGUCUCCGCGGAGGAGGAGGUGAGGCUCCUCGGCUCCUGCCUUUUCUCUCUCAUCCCAAGAGCCGCAUCCAGUCGGGCGUCGCAGCCGAGCCGCCUCCUGCUUCUUCUCCCUGGGCGCGACUUUCCCAUUCUCGUCCGGAGAGAGACCACCACUUGGAGGGCGAGCUGGACAGGCAGGACCGCAAUUCAGCUGCAGUAGGUUUUCCCGUUUGCCGAGAGCUGUAGCUCACCAUGCGAGCGGCAACGUGGUCUCCGUGUGCAGUGAAGCUAAUUCAUUCCCUCUGGAUAAACCUAAUUUUCAUGGAGAGCUGCAGUGCCAAGGUUUUGGAAAAGACACUGGAACAGUGGAUGCAAUACAGGGAUGAGUGCUUUAAGAAAAUGGCCAACGAUCCCUAUCCCACAGGGAUCUUUUGCAACCGGACCUUUGACAUGUAUGCGUGCUGGCCGGAUGGGAGCCCAGGUGCCGUGGUCAACGUCUCCUGCCCUUUCUACCUGCCCUGGUACGAGAAAGUUCAACAUGGGCUGGCGAGCCGGAAGUGUGGCCUCGAUGGGCACUGGGUGCUUGUGAACGGGACGGACCUCUGGCGAGACCUUUCCCAGUGCAAGCAGGAGGUGGAAGCUGUGUUCGAAGAGGAGGGCAUCCACCGGUUGAUGGUCGGCUUCAAAGUCAUCUACACCGUGGGCUACACCUUGUCUCUGCUUGCGCUGCUCUUGGCUCUCCUCAUCCUCACCGUCUUCAGGAAGCUUCGCUGCACUCGGAACUACAUCCACGCAAACCUCUUUGCUUCCUUUGGGCUCCGGGCCAUUUCCGUGAUCGUGAAGGACGCGCUGCUGAAGAAGUUGUGGGAGAGGGAGGUUUUCCAGGUGUCCGAAUGGGAGACCUUCCUGACCCACGAGGCUGCGAUUGGCUGCCGCGUGGCCCAAGUGGUGAUGCAAUACUGUAUUUUGGCCAAUCACUACUGGUUCCUGGUAGAGGCUGUCUACUUGUACAAGCUUCUGAUCGGCGCGGUGUUUUCGGAAAAGAACUACUAUACGCUUUAUCUCUACCUGGGCUGGGGGACUCCUGUGGCCUUUGUGGUGCCGUGGAUGGCCGCCAAGUACCUGAAGGAGAACACAGAGUGCUGGGGUGAGAAUGAGAACAUGGCCUACUGGUGGAUUAUUCGCAUCCCGAUUUUGCUUGCCUCUGUGAUCAACCUGUUGAUCUUCAUGCAGAUCCUGAAGGUGAUCCUGGCCAAGCUACGAGCAAGUCAGAAGAGUUACGCGGACUAUAAGCUGCGAUUAGCCAAGGCCACCCUCACGCUUGUCCCUCUCUUUGGGAUCCACGAGGUGGUCUUCAUCUUCGCCACCGACGAACAAACCACAGGAGUCCUGCGUUACAUCAAGGUGUUCUUCACCCUCUUCCUCAACUCCUUCCAGGGUUUCCUGGUUGCUGUGCUUUACUGCUUUGCAAAUAAGGAGGUAAAGUUUGAAAUGAAGAAGAAAUGGCAGCUCUGGAAACUGGACCACUCAGCUCUCUGCUGCACACAGUGAAGAUGAAGGAGGGAAAUACUGCAAAACAGUUCCGGAAUCUAUGCAUCCUCUUGCCAAGGCUCCCAUGGCACAGCAACUGAUUCUCUGCCCAUAACGGACUGCUUUGGGCAGGCAAGGGAUCGCCUUGGGGUGUCCAUCAACGGUGGCUAGAGUCACAGCUCUGUUGGAAGAAAGAGGACCGGAGGUGACCGUUGCCACUUGUGCCGUUUGGGGAAAGAUACUACUGGGAGGAGCCUCAGAAUGAUGGAGCAGCCCAACUUCAGGGACAACAAAGAGCUUGCCUUAACCUCUGGGAUACACUGGUGGAGCUCUAUGGGCCCACGUGUGCCAUAUGCCCACAGGAUUCAGCUUUGGACAGAUAUGAUUCUAGCACAUAAAGGGGUCUUUUAACAGUGUCCUCUGCCAGCUGGACCCAUGAGAGAGCAGCCGCCAUUGAUAUGCCCAUCUAUAUAUAUAAAAAUGUAAUGUACGUUUGUAGGACUGAGUAAACAACAAAACCACAGGACCAAAUCACACCAAAUUUGGCCACAAUACACCAACACUUCCAAGGUAUGUCCUUCACUCGACACUCCCCCACCCCUAGGAUUGGCCUAGGUAUAACACAGCCAGGCACUGAAGCUGCAAGGCUAUUCAGUGCAAUUUAACCAGACCAACAAAGGAGUAACCUUGGCAGAAGGUGGACAGGCUUUGAAGCAGCGAUACUACUCUGUACUAUUGAAGCUGGCCAACUAAAGAGUCCCCUAGGUAUAACACAGCCAGGCACUGAAGCUGCAAGGCUAUUCAGUGCAAAUUAACCAGACCAACAAAGGAUUAACCUUGGUAGAAGGCAGCGAGGCUUUGAAGCAGCGAUACUACUCUGUACUAUUGAAGCUGGCCAACUAAAGAGUCCCCUAGGUAUAACACAGCCAGGCACUGAAGCUGCAAGGCUAUUCAGUGCAAUUUAACCAGACCCAAUAAAAGAUUAACCUUGGUAGAAGGCGGCGAGGCUUUGAAGCAGCGAUACUACUCUGUACUAUUGAAGCUGGCCAACUAAAGAGUCCCCUAGGUAUAACACAGCCAGGCACUGAAGCUGCAAGGCUAUUCAGUGCAAUUUAACCAGACCCAAUAAAGGAUGAACCUUGGUAGAAGGCGGCGAGGCUUUGAAGCAGCGAUACUACUCUGUACUAUUGAAGCUGGCCAACUAAAGAGUCCCCUAGGUAGCAAGCAGCCAGGCUUUGAAGCAGCGAGGCUAUUCAUUGCAAUUCUAGCAGGCCAAAAAACCAUUUCCCUAGAACACAAGUACCCAGCCUUCCAUGUAACAAGUCUAUUCCGUUGUAUUCCAGUUCACCAAACAAGGAUUACCAUAAGAAGAAAACGGCCAGGCUUUGAGGCUACAAGGCUAUUCAGUGCUAUUCCACCUGACCAACAAAGCAUUCCCAUACGCCACAGCAACACGUGGCCGGGCACAGCUAGUCUCUUAUAUAAUUGGCAUGAAAAAAACCUCCAAAAUCUGCUUUGAGGAUCAUGGUAAAUUCUAAGCCAAGAUCAAGGCAUAGAAGGGAGCCUUCUCAGCUUCAUUCACAGGGGCUCGAAAACACAGGUUGUUUCUGUGUCCGCUGCUCUACGGCAGGUGAUAAAAUAAAGGCCUCUUCUAUCUUAUCCAAGCCACAGGCCCACGGGAUGCCAGGAGAGACUAUCAAGGCUGCCUCAGUGUUUGCAAGGCAAUGUUGUGAUUGACAGUUCUAUCUGGCAUCAGAGCUCCUUUUAUUAUAUUUUAUACAAUACUAGCUGUGCCCGGCCACGCGUUGCUGUGGCGAAGUCUGGUGGUCUGGGAAAUAAAGUCUUGAGGAAUUGGUGGUAGUUAAGGUCAAGGGUAAAGGUUUUCCCCAGACAUUAAGUCCAGUCGUGUCUGACUCUGGAGGUUGGUGCUCAUCUCCAUUUCUAAGCCCAAGAGCCGGCGUUGUCCGUAGACUCCUCCAAGGUCAUGUGGGAUGACUGCAUGGAGCGGUGUUACCUUCCUGCCGGAGCAGUACCUAUUGAUGCACUCACAUUUGCAUGUUUUCGAACUUCUGGGUUGGCAGAAGCUGGGGCUAACAGUGGGGGCUCUCUCCGCUCCCCCAAUUCAAACCUGUGGCCUUUCGGUCCAGAAGUUCAGCAGCUCAGCGCUUUAACACGCUGCGCCAUCAGGGGAUAUUAUUUCCUAAAGGUUGUGAAUAUACAAUAUUUCUGAUUGGUUUUUGUUUGUUUGUUGGAGCCAAGUAUGAAUGCUGCAAUUAGGAAAAAUGAUUAGGAUGUAAUGGCCUUGCAGCUUUAAAGCCUGGCUGUUUCCUCCCUGAGUGAAUUUUUUGUUGGGAGGUGUUAGCUGGCCCUGAUUGUUUCCUGUCUGGAAUUCCCUUGUUUUCAGAGUGGUGUUGUUUGCGAUAUUUUAUGUGCUUCUACUGUCUGUGGCCCUGAGAAAACAGAGGAUUUUCCAGACUUUGAUGAUGGGAAUACUUUGUUGGGAGGUGUUAGCUGGCCCCGAUUGUUUCCUGUGUGGAAUUCCCCUGUUUAUUUACUGUCCUGGUUUUAGAGAUUAUAUUGUUCUGCAUUAUUCUAUCCCAGUAAUUAUUUCAUAUUAAAGAAGAAUCUCAUUUAUCCAACAUUCGCUUAUACAAUGUUCUGGAUUAUCCAAUGCAGUCUGCCUUUUCGUAAUCAAUGUUUUUGUAGUCAGUGUUCAAAUUCAUUGUGAUAUUUUAGUGGUAAAUUUGUAAAUACAGUACAGUAGAGUCUCACUUAUCCAACAUAAAUGGGCCGGCAGAACGUUGGAUAAGCGAAUAUGUUGGAUAAUGAGGAAUUAAGGAUAACCCUAUUAAACAUGAAAUUAAGUUAUGAUUUUACAAAUUAAGCACCAAAACAUCAUGUUAGACAACAAAUUUGUCAGAAAAAGUAGUUCAGUACACAGUAAUGCUAUAUAGUAAUUACUGUAUUUAUGAAUUUAGCACCAAAAUAUCAUGAUAUAUUGAAAGCAUUGACUACAAAAAUGCGUUGGAUAAUCCAGAACGUUGGAUAAGCGAGUGUUGGAUAAGUGAGACUCUACUGUAAAUACUUCAUAGCAUUACUGCUCAUGGAACUACUUUUGCUGUCAAAUUUGUUGUAUAAUAUGAUGUUUUGGUGCUUAAUUUGUAUAACGAUUACCUAAUUUGAUGUUUAAUUGGCUUUUCCUGAAUCCCUUCUUAUUAUCCAACAUAUUCACUUAUCCUGCCGGCCUGUUUACGUUGGAUAAGUGAGACUCUACUGUAUAUUGAUAAUCUUAAAUUAUCUGCUCAGAACUGGAUUAUAUGAGGCCCCUUCUUCACAGCUGUAUAAAAUGCACACUGAAGUGGAUUAUAGGGCAGUGUGGAGUCAAGAGAAUCCAGUGCAAAGCAGAUAAUAUAAGAUUAUAAAUGGGUUAUAUAGCUGUGUUGAAGGGCCUUGAGUCUACACUGCCAUAUAAUCCAGUGCAAAUUAGAUAAUCUGUGGAAGAAGUCUAAGUGAGGCCUAAAUCUGCCUGUCCCCUAACUGAAACCUGGCUGUCCCUUGGUUGCUAGGCAACCAAGUGGGCAGAGAUUAGCCCUCUAAACUGGCAGCAAUUGGAUAAAAAAAAUUAUUGCUCUCCCUCUAAUUAGGACUUUAUUUUUCUUUUCUUUUUGUUGUAUCAACCUUGAGGCGUGGAUGAUGGGUUGUGUUGUCAAAUUUUGAGGUUGGGGGGCCUGUACUUUUGUUGUUUUGUGAAUUGCCGUGAUGCCAUCACUCUUUUAUAUAUAUAAGAUGGGGAAAUUAUUGUGCAGGGACAAAGAUAUGGAGAAUGUGGUUGCAUUGGAAACAACACAGGAAGGGGCAGAUGUCAAUACAGGGAAAGAACUGUAUGCUCAUGUUUGAUUACAAAAUGUAAAUAAACACUUUCUAGCAGAAAAAUGCUCCUUUGGUGGCGGUGAGGGAAUGGUUGGGAAUGGUAAACCAAGGAUCUGAAUGGCUCUGGUAGUCCGUAAAGCCCAAACGUAGACUUUCUGCAGUUUGUAUGACAGCGAGGCAUCUCUUUCAAGACAACAGAGAUAAAAGAAUGGUAAGUUUGGAGGCAGGCAGACAGAAGACAGCUAUUUUCAGGUAGAAGAUCAGCACCUAGAACCUGCUUUGGGUCUUCUGCUAUAUCCAUAGAGCCUCUUGAGAAUCCACAAACACAACAGAGUAGGACAGCGAAGGUAGUCCUUACAUCUACUAAGACAUUACUUGAAGAUAUAUGUGAACAUAGUUGAAAGUGUGCCACAAAUUCAGUUGGGAGCCUUAAAUAGAAGUGUCCAAAGCCUCAUUUUCACAAAAAUCCUCAUUGCUGCCAACAUAGGACUGGAGAGGGCCAUCAAAACGACAACCUAUGAAGAUAUUAUUCCUACAUUAUAAUCUGUGAUAUGGCUAUUUUGUUUUUGUUCAGAUUGUGUCUGAAGGAAGGGGGUCAAAAGACUGGGAACUCAUAUAACGUGUACUGCUUUCUCUAACUACUAGACAUAUCCAAAAAAUCGUUUUGAAUCGUAUAUCGGAAUUAUUUCGGAUUGUUCUCACUUUUUGAUACGCAUUUCGAGACAUCACCAUUGUAAUUCGAACCAUUGUUGGCCCAUUGUCUAAUUGUCUCUUAAUGUUUCGUUAAUUUCCCCCCCCCAAUUUUUUAAAAAUAUAUAUUUUUAAAUUUUUUUGUUUCUGCAACCUACCUAGAAUGGGAGCUUAGCGCAGCCUAACAUGGCUGCCGCUCCCCGGCCAAUCAGAAGCUUCCACGAUGGACCCAAAGGUGGGGGCUAGGGUUGAUGAGGAUAGCUCAAGAAAUGAGGGCGGGAGAGCCCUGUAAAAGUCCCCCCCCC